GCUUGAGGCGCAUUCGUCACUGUGGAAUUCGUUCUGAUUUUCCGUCACCAAGCCAGAAAUCGAAUUUCGUGCAAGUAUUGACCUUUUUAUUUAACUAUCUGUUUAUAUAACCUCGCCUACGUAUUACUUAGCCUUUCAUCAAAAUGCCUGAGGGAGGAUGCUUCUGCGGUAAGGUCAGGUACUCCAUUGAGGGAGAACCGUUGGGCAAGGCUAUAUGCCACUGUCUCGACUGCCGCAAGAUCACAGGCAGCACGUACAGCACCAACAUCAUCGUCGCGGGCCCCAACUUCAAGCUUCUCUCGGGGACCCCCAAGAGCAUCGCCAAGACGGCCGACUCGGGCAAGGAGAUCGUGUCGCACUUCUGCGGCGACUGCGGCAGCACCCUAUUCCGCGACGGCGUGUCCUUUGGCGACGGCAAGGUCAUUAAAGCCGGCACCCUCGACGACAUCAAUGCACUUGAUGAUGCCAAGCCCGCAGUUGAAUUGUUUGCUGCUCAUCGCGCCGGUUGGGUUGUCGAAGUCCCGGGCGCAGCGCAGAAGGCGGCUAUGAUGUAGAUAUUUGGGUUCUGCGGGUUGCGAUUUGGCGCGGGGAAGUGCUUUGUCUGUGAUGGGGUUUGAUGUGAAAAGAUUCUGAGUGUUCGGGGUGUGUUGGUUGGAAUAUACGGUAUAGGGAUGAUACGGAUGUAGGUAGCUUUAAAGGAGAGAAAAAAAGGGGUACGAUCUCAUCCUACCCGUAAACAUCUCGUCAAGACAUCUUUUC